AUGGCACUCUCUAGGUUCCACAACAUCUUUCGCCUGCCCACCAAUAUGAAAAAGAAAGUGAAGCAGUACGAACACGUCCACCGGGAUAUCAAUCCUAACGACAUAUGGGAGAUCGUGGGUGAACUCGGAGACGGCGCGUUCGGGAAGGUGUACAAGGCCAGAAACAAAGAGACGGGAGUGCUGGCUGCAGCAAAAGUGAUUGAGACAAAGUGUGAGGAAGAGUUGGAGGACUACAUGGUUGAGAUUGACAUCCUUGCAAAAUGCAACCACCGCUUCAUUGUGAAACUGCUUGAUGCAUUUUACCAUGACAAUAAACUGUGGAUCAUGAUCGAGUUCUGCCCUGGAGGAGCUGUGGAUGCUACGAUGCUAGAGUUGGAUCGUGGUCUUACGGAGCCACAGAUUAAGGUGGUUUGUCGCCAGAUGCUCGAGGGUCUGGUCUACCUUCACAGCAUGAAGAUCAUCCACAGGGACCUCAAGGCUGGUAACAUCCUCCUCAUGCUGGAUGGGGACAUCAAACUGGCUGAUUUUGGAGUGUCUGCAAAAAACACAAAAACCUUACAAAGAAGAGACUCUUUCAUCGGAACCCCAUACUGGAUGGCUCCAGAGGUGGUCAUGUGUGAGACCAUGAAGGAUGCUCCGUAUGACUACAAGGCAGAUAUCUGGUCUCUAGGAAUCACCCUCAUCGAACUGGCCCAGAUUGAACCUCCUCACCAUGAACUCAACCCCAUGCGGGUUCUGUUAAAGAUCGCCAAGUCAGAGCCUCCCACCCUGGAACAACCACAAAAAUGGUCACAAGAGUUUAAAGACUUCCUGAGAAAAGCUUUGGAUAAAAACCCAGAGACACGGCCUUCUGCAGCUCAACUUAUAGAGCACCCUUUUGUGAGGUCGGUGACGUCGAACCGUCCGCUGAGAGAGCUGGUGGCCGAGGCCAAAGCUGAGGUCAUGGAGGAAAUCGAGGACAAUAGAGAGGAAGGAGAGGAGGACGACGCCAUGGAGCUGACUGUGUCGUCAGGUAAGGAGCCAUGUCAGACCAGUCAGACCAGUCUGGAAGGUGACCAGUCCACCACCCCAAGCCCCACCACACCCUCUCCAACCACACCGAUUCCUGUGCCCAGGAAGGGGAUUGAGCCUAAUACACCUGCAGAGGAGAAGCCAGCCUCAGUCAUGGUGGUACCUGUUCCCCUGCCACGUCAGAAUCUCCCUCACAAAGAGCCAGUGGAAUCAGGAGACAAGCUUCCGCUUGAAGUGCUUCUAGAGUCGGACAAGUCUGAGAGUGAGGCCUCAACAAAGACUUCCAGCUCCGACUCUGGUAUUGAAGAUGGAAAGAUUAGCCCCACUUCAGAGGAAGAAAAGGUUGUUGUGGAGACACCGGAGACAGAGCAGCCGCCGUCUCUUCCCCAAACGGAGGUGUCCGAGGAGCAUGUGGAUAUCAUCAUAGACUCGACAGAACCAGAGGCCCCCAAAGUCCAGGUGACGGAAGAAGAGAAGAGCAAUAUUAUUACCAAUGGAAAUGUACCAAGUCCAAGCCAAAGUCCUCCUACGAGCCCUGCUCCCACCUCUCCUCCUUCUUCUCCCACUCCUGCUCCUGCUCCCGAACCUCGUGGUGGGCUGAAUGACAGCAUCACCAAGGCUACGCCGGAGCGGAUGUCGACAGGAGGAAACACUGAGCCUGUGUCGGCCUAUAUCAAUGGAGGGAUAAUCAACAAACGGUACUCUUAUUCAGGCAGCAUGAUGUCGGAGAGCAUGGACAUAUCCAUCAACAAGGAAAACAUCUCAAUGUAUGCAAGGAAUUUCUCCAGUAAGACUCUGAAGCGGACCAGGAAGUUUGUCAUUGACGGCGUGGAGGUUAGCGUGACCACUUCCAAGAUCAUUAGGGAUGACGAGAAGAAAGAUGAAGAGAUGAGAUUUUUAAGACGUCAGGAGCUGCGUGAGCUCCGUUUGCUGCAGAAGGAGGAGCACCGAGCUCAGUCUGUUCUCAACACCAAACUGGAAACACAACGAGAACAAAUGCAGAGACGAUUUGAUCAGGAGAUGAAUGCCAAGAAGAAGUACUAUGACGUGGAGCUGGAGAACCUGGAGAAGCACCAGAAGCAGACCAUAGAGAAGAUGGAGGCAGACCACCAGAUCAAACUCAAGGAAGAGACCAAACGCAUCAAGGCGGAGCAGGACCGAGACUACCACCGGUUCCAGGAUCAGAUGAAGCACAAGAAAAAAGAGGUAAAGCAAUCUGUUGACAAGCUGCCCAGACGUCAGCGUAAAGAAUCCUUAAAGCAGAGCAUGAACGCCUUCCAUGAAAAUAAGUUAAUAGAGGAGGAUAAAUUCUUGACAGCUCAAAAGAAUUACCUGGAUUCGACACUAAAGAAAAUCAUCUCCAACAAUAAGAGAGAGAUUGAAGAGAAGGAGAGGGAUUGCCUUAACAAGAAACACCACCUAAUAAGAGAGCGUGAAGCGACAAUAUGGGACAUGGAGGAGAAGAACCUGUUUGAGAGACAUCAGUUGUUGAAGCAGCAGCUCAAAGACCAGUACUUCCUCCAGAGACAUCAGCUCCUGAAGAAACAUGAGAAGGAGCAGGAGCAGAUGCAGUGCUAUAAUCAGCGCAUGAUUGAGCUUCUGAAAGCUCGGCAGCAGCAGGAGAAGAACCGUCUGCCCAAGAUCCAGAGAAGUGAAGCCAAGACUCGCAUGGCCAUGUUCAAAAAGAGCCUCCGCAUCAACUCAACAGGCAGCGCUUCAGAGGACAGAGAAAAGAUCAAACAGUUUUCUCAGCAGGAGGACAAGCGGCAGAAGGCGGAGAGGCUCCAUCAACAGCAGAAACAUGAGAACCAGAUGAGAGAGAUGGUUGGUCAGUGUGAGAGCAACAUCCGAGAGCUGCAACAACUACAGAAUGAAAAGUGCCACCUGCUGGUUGAAAAUGAAACUCAGAGGCUGAAACACUUGGAUGAACAACACAAUCAGCUGCUGAAGGACUGGAGGGACCACCUCAAACCCAGGAAGAAGGCCCUUGAAGAGGAACUAAACAUGAAGAAACUGGAGCAGGAGGCCUUCUUCCAGAUGACGGCCAGUUCAGUGUGUCCAAAUCCCAGUUCACCCCACAAACUGUCCAAGUUUGUGCCUUAUCAAGACUCAUCCACCACAUAAAAGCUGCUGCUGUUGGGCCUCAGCACAAUUAGACACAGAAAACACACACACACAGAGGCGUUGUGAUUUCAUGCUGCCUUGGUUUUAAUGUUUUGCCAAUGAUGGCGACAUGACUAUCCAUCCACUAGGUUCCAUUAGAUUUAGUGAGUAUUUAUGUUUUAACUCUUGUUUUUCAUUGAAAAAGUGUUGAAGUAACUGAUGGAUCGAAAAGUCAUGGCUCCAUAGUAUCUUUCCCAUACAGUGUUUAGAUUUUGGUUUCUUUUUCAUACUCUGCUUAUUUCCCACCAGGGAGUAAAUAUAAAGGAAAUGACAGUUAUUUGUUGGGAAGUACUAGUUUGUCAAGAAAAAAAAAACAUCCAUUGAAGUUUUUUUUUUUUUUUUACAGUAAUAGUUUUAGCAGAUGCUGGUGAGCCACUAAAAAAGCACUUUUUCAUAGAACCCCAAACAACAAGCACAGUCUUCCAAGUAUCUGGACUAAACACACCCACAGCUGAGGAGUUUGCGGACAUGUUUAUCUUUUUUUUUCCAUUUCUUUGUGCCUCAGCUCAUUAGACGUUUAGAUUUGCGUCCCACAGCUGCCAAACUCUGCCUUAUUUAUUUUUACUGAAACUUUAAUAAUAUUCAUUUUCAUCGCUGUAAGUGUUAAUUUAAAACUGUUAACUGACAUCUACGGUAUCACGAUGUGCUUAUUGUUUUGUAUCUUCUGCAGUGGGGGAAUAAGGCUAAAUCCAAAGUUUAUCAGAAUUUCUUUUAAAUGAUUGUUCAGUAAUAACAUUUUAACAAGGGAAGACUUUCUUUUUUUUAUUAUAUUAUGUGUUUUUACUGUAAAUCAGUCACACUGGAUGGGAACAGACUAAGCCAAAGCAAAAUAAUAUUGUGUUCUUUAAAGGCUGUUUGAUGGGGAAUUUCAUCUGAAUAAAUAAAUAAUGUAU